UCAUUAUCAAUGGCUAAUUAGGCAAACCACAAUUUCAGACAAACACCAGAAAAUAACACUAUAAUCAAUUUCCACUCACCCACUCUCUCCGCUGCGGUUCUCACUAGUUGCUACAAAUUAAACUCACCUCUUCAUCUUCAUCUUCUUCUUCUUCAGCUUCACCUUCAUUUUAGUGCCACUUCACAACACUCGCCGGAAAACUCUUCUCCGUCGACGGCGGCGAUGGCCGAUCAUUUCUCCAGCCGUGUUGAAUUCGGACUCAAGCUCUCGGAGCGAAUUUACCCCGGCAAAAGGUCUGCUCCGGCGCCGGCGAUGUCCAGGUCGCCGGAGGGAUACCUUCCGACGGCGCCGAUGUGCUACGCGGUGAUAUCUGAUCCGGAGACGGUGGACAACCCGGACAUUAGGAGUUACCAGCCGUACGGUCACGGCCGGUGCGAGCCUCCGGCGCUGAUACCGCUUCAGCUUCACGGUGUUGCCAUGGAAGUUGAGUGUUGUUUGGAUACCGCGUUUGUAACCUUCACCGGAAAGUGGCGCGUGCAUUGCGUGAGGGCGAGUAGUUCGUGUGACUGUCAGCUUGCUAUUCCCAUGGGAGAACAGGGUUCACUUCUAGGUGUCGAGGUUGAUGAUUCUGGAAGAUCUUAUCAUACUGAAUUGAUCCCUCUAGAAGAUGAAAAGGAUAAGCAGAAAGUGGCCAAAGCUAAAGAUGGAUACUUCUUGAAGAGCCAAAUAUACACAAUCAAGAUUCUACAGUUUAAGGGAGGCUCCGUUUUCUCAGUUAAGAUCAGAUGGUCCCAGAAAAUAUUAUUUCAUGAUGGCGAAUUCUCUCUUAAUGUCCCUUUCUGCUUUCCUUCAUACGUCAUCCCUGUCGGAAGAAAAAUUUCUACGAGGGAGAAGAUAUAUUUGAAAGUGAAUUCUGGUACAGCAACAGAAGUGUUAUGCAAAGCUACAAGUCAUCCUCUUAAGGGACUAAUACGCCAAGCUGGAAAAUUAAGUUUAUCAUAUGAAGCAGAAGUAACUGCUUGGUCAAGCACAGACUUCAGUUUCUCAUACACUGUUUCUUCAGGUGACAUAUUUGGUGGUGUUCUCUUACAAUCUCCAUUCCUGCGUGAUUAUGAUGAAAGGGAGAUAUUUUGCUUGUAUCUUUACCCUGGAAACAGCCAUGAUAGAAAGGUUUUUAAAAAGGAUGUAGUGUUCAUAGUAGAUAUAAGUGCAAGCAUGAAGGGAAGUCCUCUUGAAAGCACAAAGAAUGCACUACUGGCAUCACUCUCUCAGUUAAACGCACAAGAUACAUUUAACAUUUUGGCUUUCAAUGGGGAGGUCUUCUUAUUGUCACCGUCGAUGGACACAGCUACCCGGGACUCAAUUUUAAAAGCUUCUAAGUGGAUUGAAUCUACUUUUAUUGCAAAUGGUGGUACGAACAUCAUGCUUCCAUUAACUCAGGCAAUAAACCUAUUUCGGAAGUCAACCGAAUCAGUCCCUCUUAUUUUUCUCAUUACUGAUGGAGCUGUUGAGGAUGAGAGAGAGAUUUGCAAUUUUGUCAAAAGCUAUGUCACAAGUGGGCAAUCAGUUCGCACACCACGCAUAUGUACUUUUGGCAUAGGUCUAUACUGUAAUCACUAUUUCCUGCAAAUGCUAGCGCAAAUUGGGAGGGGUCACUAUGAUGCUGCUCAUGAUUUAGAUUCAAUUGACUUUCGAAUGCAAAGGCUAUUCAGUACUGCUUCAUCAGUUAUAGUUGCUGACAUAACUCUUGAUUGUUUAGAAGGUCUUGAUUCACUGGAGUUAUUCCCAACUCAUAUUCCAGACCUAUCAUUUGGAAGUCCGUUGAUCAUAUCAGGCAGAUACAAUGGAACCAUUCCUGAAUUAGUUAAGGUUACUGGUGUUCUGGCAGAUAUGACCAACUUCGAGGUGGACAUUAAAGUGAAAAGAGAAAAGGAAAUGCAACUCAGUGAUGUCUUUUCGAAGAGACAUAUUGACCUUCUCACUGCUCAAGCCUGGUUGUUAGAAAGUGAAGAGUUGGAGGAGAAGGUUUCAAAGAUGAGCAUUCAAAAUAAAGUCCAGUCAGAGUAUACCUGCAUGGAGAUGGUUUUAAUUCAGAGAGAUGAAGGGAAGAAGGCACCUGAACCCCUUCUGUUAAAAAAGGCAUACAGCACACUUAGCCUCCAGAGGUUGGAACUUGAGAAUGCGAAGUUUUUCCUUGGAGGUUUGAGUCUUGGCUUUGGUGACUUGAAAGCAACAACGGAGAACAUUCCACCAGCAAUAAAAGAAGCAAAACCAUCUGAAGGACUAUUGGAGAAGGCUGCUUCCAACUGUUGCGGCCGGUUGGCUGAUACAUGCUGUUGCAUGUGUUUCCUACAGAGCUGCUCUUUAGUGAGUGACCGAUGCACCAUUGUUUGCACUCAACUUUGUGCAGCCCUGGCUUGCUUUGAGUUAAUUAAAUGCUGUAUUGAGGUCUGCGACUGUGAUUGCUUGUAAUGAAGUUAUUAUGCUAGCCUGAACAUGACAAAAUUAAAUACAGUUAAAUUAUGUAUGUAAGCUCUUGUACGAUCUGCA